AUGUGGCCUUUAUUGCUGCUACAGCUGCUGCUGAGCUUUGACGCUCAUCAGGCGCAUCCUUUGCAGCUGAGCAACUGCAACAGCAGUCAGCUCAAGGAGUUGAGCAAUGUGCAGGCGUUGACAACGCUUACGCUUAGCAAUUGCAAACUGUCACAGCUGGAGAACGCCGCCUUUCUGCGUUACAAUCAGCUAUUGGAGCUGAAGCUGCAGCAUAGUGGGCUGAGCACGCUGCAGGACUUUGCAUUGAAUGGCUUGACGCGUCUGCAGCGACUCUCGCUGGCGCACAACAACAUAAGCCAGCUCGGCAGUUGGUCGGCUGAGCCUUUGGCAGCGCUAACGCUGCUGGAUCUGAGUCACAAUCGCAUUGCCGAGCUGCCCGCCAAGUUCUUGGAGCGCUAUCCGCAGCUGCAGCAGCUCAACUUGUCGCAUAAUCUCAUCAUGCGCUUGGGCGUUGACUGCUUUCAUGGUCUGGCCCAUCUCAAGCACUUGCAGCUGCAUCACAAUCAACUGCAGCAGCUCGAGAGCAGCCACUUUCUGGGUCUGAAUCGCCUCCAUAGUCUGGAGCUGCAGCAUAAUUUGAUCGAGCAAGUCCAGCCGGCUGUCUUUGAGAGCAAUGCCCAGCUGCGCACGCUGCGCCUGGAGAGCAAUCAACUCAGCCAGCUGCAGUUUCUGCAAGGACAUGCGCUGUCUCGUCUCUUGCACUUGAAUCUGUCGCGAAAUAAACUGCAGCAGCUGGAGCCGCUCGGAUUUGCGAGCAACGUUGAGCUACAGCAUUUGGAUUUGAGUCAUAAUCUGUUAAGGGAACUCCAUAAUGAUAGCCUUACGGGCUUAGAGUCGCUGGAGCAUCUCAAUGUCAGUCACAAUGCUGUAAGCCACAUCGAUGCGCAGAGUCUACAACAACUGAGUGCUUUAAUUCAACUCGACCUGAGCUACAAUCAACUGCAUGUCUUGCCCGAGUCGUUGCUGUAUUCGAACACCCAGUUAGAGCAAUUGGACAUAUGCAAUAACCAUCUACACAAACUGCCUGCCCAUUGGUUGCAACACUUAACGCAGCUGCAACAGCUGAAACUUGCUGCAAAUUCGCUAGAAAAUGCACACUGGCUGCAACAUCUGGCGCCCGGACUGAAUCGCUUGGCCUUGCGUGUGGAUUUGAGCGCGAAUCGUGUGCAAUCGCUUAAUCUGAGCAGCUUGUUGAACUUUCAGCAUGUGAAUCUGGCGGAUAACCAUUGGAACUGCAGCUGGCUGAUUCGAAAUAUGCUGCGUACACCGCCUGCCAACUUGAAUUUCGGACGUGUGUGGCCACUGUUGGCCGCGUCUAGUGAUGAUGUGCUGCAGGUUAAGGGCGUUGAUUGCUACGAUGGUCACAAGAAUCGCUCCAUAGUGCUGCUGGAUAUGGGCGAGCUUAAGUCUGAGCAGUCCACGCCAUGUGAUUGCGAUGAAAACAGCGAUGAGCUAACUCCACCGCCAUUGAGCUGGCCCAAAAUACGUACAGAUCGCUUUGAUUCCCGUUCGGUUAUCAUCUGGAUGUUGGUAGCCAUAGCAAUUGCCUUUGCGGGCUUGCGUUGGGGCAAGCGUUUUAUGGAUCGCACCGAAGGAGGCCGAAAGCUAAGACUUGUUAAUGGUGUGGUCGCUAGCAAAGUGGAUUAUGAGACACAUCGCUUAAACAAUGAUCGCGAUCGGCUGUAAUGUUGUGUUUUGAAUUUUCAAUUUUGUUUUUUGUACAUAAAUAUAUUAUAAUCUUGUCUAAAUACUUGUUAGACAAACUUGUCGCCCAAAUAUAAAACAUC